AUGUUAUUAUCGUGUGAGCAGCCCGAUGCAAAAGCCGGUGACACCGUCAAGCUAUUGCCAAACUCUUGUCGAUUGUGCCGGACUUCUAUAUCAAAAGACAAUUUGAACCCACUGUAUUUCGCUGGGGCAUUCAAUUGCGCGAUCUACUUGCGGCAACAUGUCCCGCAUCCAGGACGUGAAGGCCCGUCAACUGUUUGA